CGCUGACCCACCCUGCCAACAGAGAUGCGUCCUCCCUCUUCUGUCACUCUCCACGCCCCCAUCUUCCACCCCAGGCCUGCAAUAGGUUCGCUCCCAAGGUCCUAACAGCGCGCACCGAAAUGCCCAGCAAGAGGAAGAAGAACAAGCGCCGCAUGAGGAGGGUGGUUCAAAGGAGGGUGCUUGAGGAGCAGCAUGCAGCUAACCUACCAGUCAAAUCCAGCACAGGGAUGGUUGGUGCAGCACCUCCUGCAGCCGCCCCCAAGAAAGCGGCUAAAACUGCUGCACCAGCUCCAGAAAAGAUCUCACCAGUCAUUCCUAUUACUGCCCCCACCAAACUGGAGCCAAAACCUGUUGAGAAAGAACCUGUAGUAGAGCUUCUUUCAGAAAACAUUCAUGCACCAGAUGCUGACGUUGGGUUGGUGGAACAGAUCUCUGCUGAGGCUGAGGAUCAUUUAGAUGUUAAGCCCGAAGCCCCAACAUUUGCACCUGAAACUCUACCAGAGGAGCCAUCUGCCGAUGAGACCGAUGCGGUUCACAAGGCUGAAGUCGCUGUUUUGGAGACGGAACCAGCAACUGAGGUGGCACCCCCAGCUGAGGACCCAGUGGGGGCCCCUGUAGACCUCGAGAUUCAGCCAGAAGAAACAGCAGAGUCAGAACCGACGCAUCCCGUCUUUGAGCCGGAGACUGAGGUGAAGGCAGAGAGCCAGCCUGAGGAAGACUCCGCUGCCAGUGUGGAAGAUGUCAGCGCACCUGUGCAGGAAGCCGCUGCAGAACCAGUGGCGCAGGAACUUCAUAGCAACCAUGUAGAACCUGUUGCAGACGACUUGGUUUCAAAACCCACUGUUGGAUCUGAGGCAGAGGCUGCUGCAGAGAUUUCAGAUCAAGACGUUGACCUAGUCGCUCCCAAUGAGCAGGAAGAGCAGGAAGAGCAUGCGGCUGCAAUUCCUGCUGCACCGCUUUCAGCUGCAGAAGAUUCUCUUGUUGAGAUUGAGGAGAUCCCAGUGGUUUCAGACAAAACCUCUGAGGCAGAAGAAGCUGAAGCUCCUGUAAACAAGAACGAGAAGGCUGCAGAUGGGUUACUGACAGUAGAGAGUUCUGCUUUCCAGCAGGAAACUCUGAUGGACGGCGACUCGAUGCCCGCUCAGACACAGUCAGUGGUCCGGCCUGAUCCGGAUCCUGCAGGGGAGGCGCCUCAUGAUUCAGCUGCUGAGCAGACAUAUGCGUCUGUGCUGUCGGACAAUCCUAAAGCCGAAAGCUGUGACCUGCCGUGUCAGAUGCAGCUCCCCGUGGAGUCUGUGCCGCUCAGUGCAGAGGAGAUCUCAGUGGAAACGGCUCUGAAUGGACACAUUGUUCCAGAAGUUUCUAUUGAGGGCUAGAGCAAUAACCCAGAGGACCUUUUUUUCUGCGUUCCUCUCUGGCCGUUCGGAGGCUUUACGAGGAGUCAGCCGGCCGGCCUUUUUCAAUUUUUUAAGGCUUAGGACAGAGCAGCCAGGAAAUCGAAGGACCAUCCACACUUUGAAGUGCCUUUCCUGUCCUGCAUUCUGUGAAAACAGCAAACCAGAUGUUGAGAGGUAGAAAGAGGGAAAAAGAGACUAUUAGAAACAGACAUUUAUGGAUUACAUUUCUUUCUUUUUUAAUCUGUGCUUUCCCCAAAUCAAAUUUUAUCCAUGUCAGCAGUUGAAGCAUUUGUGGAUAGUUUUUAUUGUGUUGCAUCUACACUUCAUCCUCUUAAAGUCCCACUCCGAUUAUCUUUUGAUUUAUUAUCAAAGCGUUCCCGGUGGACUUUAAAUUAUGAUCAUGAUGUUUUUAGCCAAAAUAAAAAUAAAAAACUGUCGUUUUAUGUGACAAAGUUUCUGUGGAGCAGCAGUAAAUAAAUUGCCUCUGAGUUGUACGUGGAACUGCUGGAGCAACCCUUCCCCUCGCCAUUCCUGAAAAAUCUCUGUGGACAUGCUCUCCUGCUAGCUUACAGCCCAUCACACUCCCAACCUAACAUUACAGGUGCAACAAAAAUGGCGAGGAAUAUCAUAGCUAUCCAGACGUACAGUUUAGAUCCAGAUUCCAGCUCGGAUGAGGGAAACAAAGACGUUUAUGGAUCUAUUUGUCUGCAGGUGGAUGCAUCAGAAUGGAGCGGAGCAGGGAGCUUGUGGCCCCGCCCAGCGUGUUUUCUCCUAUGUCACAAAUAGAUCUGUCUCGAAUUACAUUUUUAUUUUUGUCUGCUUGUAAUUUACAACGAUUUCAAUAAAGAAAUGCUCAGUUUAUUGCAAUUUUGAGCCUUAUUUUCUAAAGUUAUAUCCUCCAUGAUCAGAAAAAUGCCACAAGAACAUGUCAGAAAAUCCAAAAUGUGAUUUUUUUUUUUUUUUUAUCGGAGUGGGCCUUUAACGCAUGUGAGGAACCGUAAGAUCCAUGACUGGGUUUGUGUUCUUGUAGAAGAGAGAAAAACUGUCUGUUUUUUACGAUGUGUCUCAGACUCACUGACCAGUCCGUUUUUCCCCCACAAACUUCCCUUAUGUCGUCCCUCGUUCUGUCCUCCAACGUGAGGCUAAAACCGCCAGUUCCAACAGCUCAAAAGAUGUUUCUGUUUUCCACUUUCUCCUCCUGUAAGUCACUUUUUGUAAAAACACAUGUUGACUGAUGUGCGACAGCUUUGUGCUGUUGAGGGUGUGAGAUAAGUGCUGCUGAUGGGCUGCUCUGACUUUUGAAAUAAAGCUGUAACUCGUCACAAUAAAGGUCUUUUACUCUCUUAA